ACUUAUCAUCAUUUCAACUGAAGAUUUUCAAGAUGAAGUACGUUCUUGCUCUCGCAUUUUUACUACUUAACUUCGCUUGUGUUUAUAAUCUUUCAAUACUCACGGAUGAUAGUGGACGAAAUAUCACCGACUUGGACAUGAAAAAUAUUGAUGCCAAAAAUGCAGACGUGGUCAGGCAACUUUUGAAUCAGGAGACACUUAUUAGAAUGGCAUUAGUGAGGAAUGUACAUAUUCUGAUGAAGGAUAUGGUGGACCUUAAGGAAAAACUUGAGUCGAUGGAAUCCUUACAACAAAGUACAGAAAUAAAAGUUACAGCCUUACAACAGGAAGUGAGCGACCUUAAACGGGAAAACCAAAAACUAAAUCUUAAAAAUAGAAAAUUCGAAGAAACUUUCAAUAUCAUCGAGGGAAACUUUACGCAAAUUAAUGAUCAAUUUGAGAAUUUUGCAAAAGAAUUUGAGGAAAAAAGAGAAGCAUUCGAAACAAACACAAGUACGGUGCUCGGUGAUCUAAAAAUUGAAGUUCGAUAUCUGUCAGUCACACUCCUAGAUCUUAAUAAACAUACACUGGAAAGAGAUAAAAUUAUCCCUGUUAUGAUGGAAGAGAAAUGUAACGUCUUGUCGGCAAUGUUUAAUGCUUCGUUGGAUACCUUGAACAACGAUUUAGCAGACGCAAGUACUAAGCUGUCGAAGUCAGUGUCAAAUCUGGAAAACUCCCAGAAUGCAAUCGUGGCAUCGGUGUUUGGGGAUAUCAACAUAACUCUAGGCAAUUUAAAGACCGAAAUGAAACAAUCUCAGACUGAUCAACUGAAGCUGUCUGCCACUGUGUCCUCUCUUGAGGUGUUCCGAAUGAAUGUUACUAAUAAUCAUUGCGAUUUGGGAAAGAAAGUGGCUUUUACCGCCGGAGUAACGACUACUUCCACUGUCUGGAACAGUGGCACACUGGUUUUCAACAAAGUUAUUAACAACGUGGGAGGUGGAUAUAAUCCCAAUACAGGGAUAUUUACUGCACCCCUCAAUGGAGACUAUGUCUUCUACGUCAGUAUCCAAAGUUACAGUAACGACUACAGUAUUUAUAUUGACAUUGUAUUGAACGGCUCUAGUAAGGUUCGGGCAAUGGCUUAUAAGCUUAAUUCUAAUGACGGUUACGAAACAGGGACAAACAUGGUGACACUGAGACUACAGCAGGGAGACACGGUGUGGGUAAAACAUUACUCUGGUACAGGUUACUACACUCUCAGUGAUGCUCCUAUCACAACGUUCUCCGGAUUCCUAACCUAAACGUGUGCAGUUCUGUAUUUGAAGACGACAAAUAUCUGUACAGAAUGUCAAUUGUAGUAAAAUCAUGGUUAUGCAUUGUUUCAUUGUGUUUCACAUAAUAUAAUAUAAUUU